GCCGUAACAAUAAUAAUUUGGCGAGUGUAUUCGGUAAUCGUGUAAUCAGUGGCCGUUGUUGUUCUUCCUGUCUUCUCUAGCUAGCUAGCUAGAAUUAACUACACCGACACAAGAUGGCUUGGAAGUGGAUCCUUGUGGCCGCUACUGUGGCUGGUCUUGGAGCGCUACUCAGGAACAAGGAGACAAGAGAACUGUUACUGUCAGAACUACAUCAGGUGAACUUGUACCUGACCAGAUAUGAUGCCUGGCAGUUAGUAUUCCUCUCUGUUGGAGCUACACUCAUUCUCAAUGCGUUGGCCAACGUUCUGUUUAGAGAUGACGUUUAUCCUUUGAGCGUACGCAUAAAGAGAGCCUUCUUUCGUGUUAUACGAUGGGUUCCCUCUGUACGAACCAAGAUCACCAAAGAGUUGGACAAAACGCUUGCUGGUAUGGAGAAAUCGAUACUCAAACACUCGAGCAAGAGUAGACGAAGUCUUCCUGCCAAGGGAUUGUCUAUGGAUAGUGUCAUGGACGAAAUUAAUAAACUUGAACAAAUGGCUACAAUAGAUUGGAAAACUGGAUUAGUAUCUGGAGCUAUGUAUAACUGUAGUGAUGAUUUGACUCGCCUGACAACACAAGUGUACGGUCGCUGUGCUUGGAGCAAUCCUCUACAUGCUGAUCUCUUCCCCCAUAUACGCCAGAUGGAGGCAGAAGUGGUCCAAUGGACUCUAGACCUGUUCCAUGGUGGACCUCUAUCAUGUGGCACUAUGACUACUGGAGGAACAGAGAGCAUCUUACUGGCUAUGAGAGCUUAUCGACAAAUUGGCUAUGAGAAAGGAAUAGAGUACCCUGAGAUAGUGCUGUCUGUAUCUGCUCAUUGUGCCUUUGAUAAAGCUGCUGAAUACUUCAGAAUGAAGCUCACCCAUGUUCCUGUGGACCCAGUCACACGAAUGGUGGACUUGGUGGCUAUGAAGAGAGCUAUAUCUCCUAGUACAGUGGUGUUGGUAGCCUCUGCCCCUCACUUCCCUCAUGGCAUUGUGGACCCUAUUCAAGAGGUGGCUAAGCUUGGACUACGAUAUAAAGUUGGUGUUCACGUGGAUUCUUGUUUGGGUGGUUUUGUUGUACCCUUCAUGGAAGAAGCUGGCUUUGAAAUGGACCCUUUUGACUUUCGUGUUGAGGGCGUGACGAGUAUCUCCGCUGAUACGCACAAGUAUGGCUUUGCUCCCAAAGGAACUUCUGUCAUCAUGUAUUCGAGUAAAUCUAUUCGUCGCAUGCAGUAUUUCGUGGCUUCUGAUUGGACAGGAGGAGUGUAUGCCACGCCCUCUAUCUGUGGUAGUAGAGCGGGAAGCCUCAUAGCUGCCACGUGGGCUACUCUACUGUACAUGGGACGCAAUGGUUACGUGGAAUCAACCAAAAAGAUUGUGACAACCACUCAAAAGAUUGCAGCCGAGCUCAGCAAAGUGCCUGGAGUAUACGUUCUUGGGAGUCCAAAGGUCAAUGUUGUGGGUGUGGCUUCAAAGGAAUUUGACAUAUUUCGCGUGUAUGAGAAGUUGAUUGAGCGUGGUUGGCAUAUCAAUGGUCUGCAGUUUCCAUCAAGCAUUCACUUGUGUGUGACAAUGUUACACACUAAAGAUGGAGUGGCUGACAAGUUUGUGCGUGAUGUGUCUGAAGUGGUGGCUCAAGUGGCCAGUGACCCCAAGGCUGCGUGUGGAGGUGUGGGGGCCAUGUAUGGUGUCUCUCAAACCAUACCAGAUAGAUCUGUCAUCAAUGAAAUAGCCGAGGGUUUCAUUGAUAUCCUCUAUAAGUGCUGAAACUAAACUGAACUCUGAAACUGAUAACAUUAUUUAGAACUAUUAUUAUAAUUAUAUCCCUGCAUUGUAUAGCUUGCUAGUGUUUCAGCUGAUUUAUAUAAAAGUGUGACAUCAUAAUAAUUGAACAAGAAUAAAAUCAUAA